AUGUUCCUUAGGGUGUCCCUGAACUGGAUUGACCUCCCAGAAGAUGUAACCGCUUCGAUAUUGUCACGGUUGGAAGCCACAGAAAUUCUAUCGACCGCUCAGAGAGUAUGUACGACAUGGCGCAAAAUCUGCAAGGACCCUAGAAACUGGCGCACCAUCAACAUGUGUGAUGUUUCUGUUUAUGACAAGUCCCCAUCGCAGUAUCGCUUCAACAUAUUGUGUAGGCAAGCCAUUGAUCUUAGCUGUGGCAACCUCGUCGACAUCAGUAUCCACAACUUUGGAUCUGAUGAUCUCCUUAAGCACAUCACUGAUAGUAAUGGACUGAUUAGAGCGGCUUCAAAGCUUCCUUUGUUGGAGGAACUUGAACUUUCAUACAAAUCGUCGAUUAAGGAAUAG